AUGCAGAAAAAAACAUUCAGCAAGCGACGCUUCUCUCUCUCCGUGUACACUGCGUGUGUGUGCGUGUCACUGUCUCCCUCCCAAAAUUCCCAAUGCACAGAAGCACGCAGUAGCACAAGCACAAGCAUUGAUCUCUCGCACCUCCUCAAACGCGCGUACAGACAAACCCACCGAAAUGCGGGGCUUUGUCCCACUGCUCGCGGCCUGCGCCGCCGUGCUCGUCUCAGUGGUCUACUGCGUCCUUCCGCCCACCCUUCUCCCCCUGGAGAGGGCCUUUCCUUUGACUCGCCGGGUCGAGCACGACCGCCUCAGAGCGCGGGACCGAGCCAGGCACGCCCGAUUCUUGCGAGGCGCGGUCAGCGGCGUUGUCGACUUCUCCGUCCAAGGCUCCUCCGAUCCCUACUUCGUCGGGUACGAUUGGUUCAGCUCAAUUUUUUCGAUGCUGCCAGUUCAUCAACUGCUGCGGUGGUCCCCUGCUCAGAUCGAAUUUGCACUUCUGCAUUGCAAACUGCGGCAACUCAAUGCUCUCCUCAGAGUAAUCAGUGUAGUUACUCGUUUCAAUAUGGAGAUGGAAGUGGAACAUCAGGUUAUUAUGUCUCAGAUGCGCUGUAUUUUGAUAUGGUUCUUGGGCAGUCUUUGAUUGCUAACUCUUCAGCGCCCAUUGUUUUUGGGUGUAGCACCUAUCAAUCUGGGGACUUGACUAAGACAGAUAAAGCAGUCGAUGGGAUAUUUGGUUUUAGACAAGGUGAUCUUUCUGUUAUUUCACAAUUGUCAUCUCGAGACAUCACUCCCCAAGUGUUCUCCCAUUGCUUGAAAGGAGGUGGCAAUGGUGGGGGUAUAUUGGUUCUUGGUGAGAUUUUGGAGCCAGGCACUUUUACACCUCAAGUAUUUGAAUGUAUCUUUCAACAAGCUAUCCGGAGAGAUACCAUCUAGCGGGUCUUUUGCAAAUUUCACAGCUAAAUCAUUUUUAGGAAACAAAACACUUUGUGGGAAUCCAAUUUUUGGAGUUUUGUGUUGUCCAAGUCUGAGCUCCAAAGGAUCAAAGGUGAAACAGAGUCUACUCAAAUAUUUUCUUCCUGCCAUUGCUUCAAUUAUACUUUGUCUUGCAUUGUUCUAUAUGUUGAGAAGACACCGAGAAAGUAAAAUACAGCUUCAAAGUUUAUUUAGUACAUUGUAUUUAUCAAAGCAUAGAAUGGUAUCAUGUCAAGAGCUUUGCCAUGGGACAAAUAGCCUUGAAAGGUGGUUAUACUCUUAUAACUACUGCUUGAAUCUUCUUCAAAGAAUAAAGAUUAUGGCUAAUGUUGCAUCGGCAUUAGACUAUCUCCACCACUGUCUAUUAGAUUCUGUGGUUCACUGUGAUUUGAAGCCUACCAAUAUCCUUCUAGACGAGGGCAUGGUUGUACAUGUGGGAGACUUUGGCAUUGCAAAGAUUUUGGCCGAAAACAAGGAUGCUACACAAACCAGAACUCUUGGUACACUUGGCUACAUCGCUCCAGACUAUGGUUCUGAAGGAAAAGUCUCCAUCAAAGGCGAUGUUUAUAGCUAUGGUAUUACAUUGUUGGAGAUGAUCACAAGGAAGAAACCUACUGACAACGUGUUUGUAGGAAAAUUGACUAUGAGGCAAUGGAUAAAUGCAUCAUUUCCUAACCGAAUGAUGGAAAUUGUGGAUGACGGGUUAUUGAAAACAGAAAAUGAAAGAGAUAUAACUAUUAUGCAAAGUAUUCUUUCAUCCAUCAUAGAAAUAGGCUUAAGGUGUUCUGAAGAGUAACUAGAUAAAAGAGUCGAUAUCAAAGAUAUGCUUGUGAAGCUUCAAAAAAUUAGACUUAACACUUUUUGAAGACAUAAACGAAGGUGUCUGAAAUCUUUGAUCUAGGUUUUAUAUGGUUUGCCUUUUUUAUUUCUUAAAGUACUUACAACUAGUGUGUUUUAUAUUUGUAUGACAUUUUAUGUUUA